AUGGCAGCCCCCAGAGCGGCGGCCUCCGACAGGGCCUUCCGUACAACAGGGCCACCUGCGGAACGCGAGCCGCGCCCCUUCCCUCCCAGCUACCGGAAGUUGCCCUUUGAAACCGAGGCGGCGGGCUCAGCCGGCGGCGCGGCGGUUGCUGCUGAGCGUCUUUUGAACCAGAGCAACAAGGACUGCGGGCGGGAGCGGCGGGCGCCUGGGGCCCAGCCGUGCAGCCUGCUCACGAUGACCAGCGUGGUUAAGACGGUGUACAGCCUGCAGCCCCCCUUGCUGAGCGGCGGCUUGCCCGCAGACACACAAGCUCGAGCCCCUUCUAAGAGUCUUUUACCUGUGAAGUCCAAAGACGUGGAUGUUUCCAGACACGUUCAUUCAGGAGGCUCAGAGAACGAAAUCACGAAAACCACCAGACCGAGGCGAGAGAAUGGGCAGCUGAGAGCUGCGGACACUGCCAUCAGGAGGAAUGUCAAGAAGAGUUAUAAACCACCGAGUAAGCAGAAAUCCGAGGAAGAGCUCAAGGACAAGAACCAGCUCUUAGAGGCCGUCAACAAGCAGUUGCACCAGAAGCUGACAGAAACUCAGGGAGAGCUGAAGGACCUGACCCAGAAGGUAGAGCUUCUAGAGAAGUUUCAGGACAACUGUUUGGCAAUUUUGGAGAGCAAGGGCCUUAACCCAGGCGGUGAGACCCUGGUGCCGCAGCAGACCUCCACCACGGAUCACACAGACUCUAUGUUGCUGUUAGAAACACUGCAAGAUGAGCUGAAGCUUUUUAACGAAACAGCCAAAAAGCAGAUGGAGGAAUUACAGGCCUUAAAGGUAAAGUUGAAGAUGAAAGAAGAAGAAAGGGCUCGAUUCUUAGAACAGCAAACCUUAUGUAACAGUCAAGUAAAUGAUUUUACAGCAACCCUUGAGGAAAUGGAGAAGCUACUAGAAAUGUGAUAGAAAGCAAGCGGUCAGGUGGCUUCCUCGUGGGAGCAAACUGAGAGGAAGCCACCUCGGACAUCUUCCUGGCCGUGAUCUUCUAGGCCUCACCAUCCCCAGAGAGAAAACAGUUUCUGCAGUAGGACUAAGGACACUUGAUGCUGGAGUGGCGGCUCCUCGAAGCUAGUUCUGCCAACUUUCAGACUGGAUGGCUCUCCUGAGCCUCGCGGGUAAAAAAUGGAGGCCGCAAGAGGGGACCUGGAAGCGUGGAUCGGUGUCCUAGGCAACAAAGCAGCCCCCCAUUGCAAUCGGGAGAUGAAACCAGCCACAGCCAGAAGAUCUAAAAGGUCACGUGCAGAUUUGCAGGGGGACACUUGAAUCUCAGUGGAGCACAGGUACUCCACAGGAGACAUCCGACAAGAGCCGAGCUGUCACCUACUGAUCUGGAACACAUUCUGUCCCGUACCUCCUUGUAAAUUUACAAACUUGAAGUUGCUUGAAGCUUUUUGGCUUAGUAAAUGGGGUGAAAGGGUAUAGAUAGCAAUAACACCUACCUGAAACAAUACACCUUGGAGCUUUUAAUCUAAAUUGCAUUUGGUUUUUUUUAAGUGCUACUUUUGAAAUAAAUAUUUCCCUAAGUGUUCUGACUAUAACAUUAAGG